AUGAAGACCAUGUUCAUCCUCGCUCUCCUCGCCUUCACGGCGACAAGCGCAGUUGCGCAGCUGUACACUACCUGUAGCCAGGGCUACGGGCAAUGCCAGCAGCAGCCGCAGCCACAGCCGCAGAUGAACACAUGCGCUGCUUUCCUGCAGCAGUGCAUCCAGACACCAUAUGUCCAGUCACAGAUGUGGCAGGCAAGCAGUUGCCAGUUGAUGCGGCAACAGUGCUGCCAGCUGCUGGCCCAGAUCUCGGAGCAGGCUCGGUGCCAGGCCGUCUGUAGCGUGUCACAGAUCAUCAUGCGGCAGCAGCAAGGGCAACGUUUCGGCCAGCCUCAGCAGCAGCAAGGGCAAAGUUUCGGCCAGCCUCAGCAGCAGGUUCCGGUUGAGAUAAUGAGGAUGGUGCUUCAGACCCUUCCGUCAAUGUGCAGCGUGAACAUCCCACAAUAUUGCACCACCACCCCGUGCAGCACCAUCACCCCCGCCAUCUACAGCAUCCCCAUGACAGCUACCUGUGCUGGUGGUGCCUGCUAA